AUGGCAUUGUUUACUCAUGCUACGUGUUUGGACGACACACACGCAUGCGUAAUCGCAGAGCGGGUAGCAGCAUUUAGCAUGUGGGAGUGGGAUGAAAUGAUUGGUACAUUAGAGAAAAGCCGAACACCAAUUUCACUUAUACAGGCGCAACAACAAAACCCACCAUCCAAAGCCCAUUCCAAUAAAAGAAAGUUUACUAAUGUCAAUCUUCAUAAUUCCUCUUACUUCAAAGUUCGCGCUCUUCUUCGACAACUUCGGCCCCAGUUUAUUCAGGUACUCCAGGCACCUGACUUUCGGAAUUGCAAAGCAUCUCAUGAACUUCAAAUACAAAUGAAGCAUCUGAUGAAUUUGUACAGGCAGAUGACCGUGGAAAUAGAACCCCUUGAAAAGCCCUUGCCGAAAUGUCAGCUUCUCUCUGCUGGAAAUGGGUUUGGGAGACAAUCCUGGGACACAAACCAAGUUGUAAAAUCACCGGAGUUGGUGCAGCCUAAAGAGUCCUCCCGUCAAGGUGCUGACAAAAAGCCUCCUACUUAUUUUGACUCGCAGGUGAAGCUUGAUGAUAGCUGCACUCGAAAAAGCUACAUUGUUGGUGGUUCAGCGUGUGGUUGGAACUUCAUCACAUUUAAAGGCGGUAACCCUGUUCAUUGUGGGGUGAAGAAGGAGUCUUACAGAAACACCCAUACAAGUAAAAUGUCGGGAACUGGUGCUUCUUCCCAUAUCAGCUGACACUCUGAAGUCAUAGAAAUUGCAUAUUAUGUAAUAUAGUCUUAAAUAGCUGUCAGGAAUCAGGACUUAGAAAUACUUUUUUUUGCUUGAAAACAAUGCAAAUUUUGAUGACAAGAAGCCACCUAUUAUAAUGCCGGCAUGUUGGCAUAAAUAGAAAGGGCCAUUGUUUUUUGUUGUUACUGAAGAUGGGUUGAAAUGAAUUAGGUUUUAUUCAUGUUCCUUUGAA